AUGUCCAGGGAAACUUAUCCAAAUUUGGAAGAGGUAGAAAUACCUGAUUUUCAGGAAACCAAUAACACUGUCCCAGAUCUUGAUGAUUUAGAAUUAGAGUAUGACCAAUAUAAAAAUAAUGAAAAUAAUGAUACAUUUAAUGAUAAGGACCUAGAGAGCAAUUCUGUCGCACAACACAAUGCAGUGAACAAUUCGAAAGGUGUCAAAGGCUCGAAGAUUGACUACUUCAACCCUUCAGAUGUCUCGUUGUAUGACAAUUCCGUUUCUCAAUUUGAAGAGACAACAGUAUCGCUAAAAGAGUACUACGACCACAGCAUACGGUCGCAUCUUACUUUGAAAGGGGCAAGGAGUUAUCUAAAGAGCGUCUUUCCCAUCAUCAACUGGCUGCCACACUACAAUUUUAACUGGUUUACUGCGGACCUCAUCGCAGGUAUUACCAUUGGCUGUGUUCUUGUGCCACAAUCCAUGUCAUACGCACAAGUCGCCACACUACCAGCACAGUAUGGUUUGUACUCCUCGUUUAUUGGUGCUUACGCCUACUCUUUUUUCGCCACAUCCAAAGAUGUUUGUAUUGGGCCCGUUGCUGUCAUGUCUUUACAGACCGCCAAAGUCAUUGCUGAUGUCACGGCCAAAUACCCCGAUGGAGAUUCUGCCAUCACUGGCCCCGUUAUUGCAACGACUCUGGCGUUGUUAUGUGGUAUCAUUUCAGCAGCCGUUGGCUUCUUACGUUUGGGGUUUCUUGUCGAAUUGAUUUCCUUAAAUGCAGUUGCUGGAUUUAUGACUGGGUCCGCCUUUAAUAUAUUAUGGGGUCAAGUUCCAGCACUUAUGGGUUAUAACAGUUUGGUUAAUACGAGAGCUGCCACUUAUAAAGUUGUCAUAGAAAGUUUGAAACAUCUACCAGAUACUAAACUGGAUGCGGUGUUUGGGCUAAUUCCGCUUUUCCUUCUAUAUGUUUGGAAAUGGUGGUGCGGAACAUAUGGUCCAAAGUUGAAUGAUAGAUACAACUCCAAAAAUCCAAGAUUACACAAAAUUCUUAAAUGGACGUACUUCUACGCUCAAGCUUCCAGAAACGGUAUCAUUAUCAUUGUAUUCACUUGUAUCGGUUGGGCAAUCACAAGAGGCAAAUCCAAAGCGGAAAGACCCAUCAGCAUCCUAGGAUCGGUUCCAUCUGGUUUGAAAGAAGUUGGGGUUUUCCAUGUUCCACCAGGAUUAAUGUCUAAGCUUGGUCCAAAUUUGCCUGCUUCCAUUAUUGUGCUAUUGUUGGAACAUAUCGCUAUUUCGAAAUCUUUUGGUAGAAUUAACGAUUAUAAAGUCGUCCCCGAUCAAGAGUUGAUUGCUAUUGGUGUUUCAAACCUUUUGGGUACUUUCUUCAAUGCUUACCCAGCCACUGGUUCCUUUUCAAGGUCUGCUUUAAAGGCUAAAUGUAAUGUCCGUACGCCGUUGUCUGGUUUGUUUUCAGGUUCGUGUGUUCUUUUAGCAUUAUAUUGUUUGACCGGUGCAUUCUUUUACAUUCCAAAGGCUACGUUAUCUGCUGUUAUUAUUCAUGCUGUGUCUGAUCUUUUGGCCUCUUACCAAACCACGUGGAAUUUCUGGAAGAUGAAUCCAUUGGAUUUCAUCUGUUUCAUCGUCACCGUUUUAAUCACGGUGUUUGCCUCUAUCGAGGAUGGUAUUUAUUUUGCCAUGUGCUGGUCAUGUGCAACCCUCAUCUUAAAAGUAGCAUUUCCAGCGGGAAAAUUCUUGGGUCGUGUGGAAAUUGCUGAAGUUACUGAUGCUUAUGUCAGACCGGACUCUGAUGUAGUUAGCUACGUGUCUGAAAAUAACAACGGUGUUUCUACUUUUGAAGAGGGUGGUGAGGAUGAAAAGGAAAGUUCCACCAAAUAUAUCACAAAUUCCUCUAAGAAAAUAGAAACAAACAUUCAAACAAAGGGCUUUGGCUCUCCAUCUUCCUCGAUUAGCCAGCCAAGGAUAAAAUACCACACUAAAUGGAUACCGUUUGAUCAUAAAUACACAAGAGAAUUGAAUCCGGACGUCCAGAUUCUCCCCCCACCGGAAGGUGUCCUCGUUUAUAGGCUAUCCGAGAGUUACACCUACCUCAACUGUUCCAGACAUUACAAUGUUAUAACAGAAGAAGUCAAAAAAGUUACCAGACGUGGUCAAUUAAUUCGUCAUAGGAAAAAAUCUGACCGUCCAUGGAACGAUCCUGGUCCAUGGGAAGCACCUGCCUUCCUAAAGAAUUUGAAAUUCUGGAAGAAAAAAGAAAAUGACCCUGAAUCCAUGGAAAACGCACCAAGCAACGCAAUUGAUGGUGAAAGAGAUGAUAGACCAUUGCUGAAAAUACUAUGUUUAGACUUUUCACAAGUGGCUCAAACAGAUGCUACAGCUCUUCAAUCAUUAGUCGAUCUGAGGAAGGCCAUAAACCAAUAUGCAGAUAGGCAAGUCGAAUUCCAUUUCGUGGGCAUCAUUUCACCAUGGGUGAAGAGAGGUUUAAUUAGCAGAGGAUUUGGUACUCUAAACGAAGAAUAUAGUGAUGAAUCCAUUGUUGCCGGUCAUACAAGUUAUCACGUCGCCAGGGUACCUCAAAGCGAAGAAAACCCAGAAAAAUACAGCGUUUAUACUGCUUCAGGAACAAACCUGCCUUUCUUCCAUAUCGAUAUUCCAGAUUUUGCCAAAUGGGAUAUCUAG